UUCAGAUUUCCACUGAUCUGAUCUCUCCUCUCUAAAUAUCCAAUAAAUCGCUCAAACACUUGAGUAAUAAUACAUUGGAGUAUGCAGAACGUUUGAUAAAUAUUCAGAAAAAUAUAAGUGAAAAUGGUUGACUGGAUACCAUUUUCCUCUGGACCUGGGGGCAGUAAAAAGUCUGCCAAACGGCGGUCAUGGUUCACCCCAGGUAAACAGAUAGAGACACAGCUUGCCAUAGAGCAUAGUGAAGGAGAAGUUGAGGAGCUCACUCUCACACACUUCACUAAGGCACCACGUAUAGGAUUUGGAACAGUUAGAGUAGAAAAGUCCAAGAUCCGCAACUUGCUUGUUAAAAAUCCGCAUGAUUAUGAACAAGUAGUUGUUAUAGAGAAGUUUCCACACAAGAAAAACUUUACUGUGGAUCAGAUGCAGUUUGUUGUGGCUCCAAAAGAUGAAGUAAUGCUCCAAAUAACCUGGACCCCAACUGAGGAGGGUAAUUGUCGGGAGAUGAUCUUGUUCCAUGUAGAUGGUACCUACAGAUUACAGGCGUAUGUUUAUGGAGUCGUGGAGCCCGUACCCACACAGAAGAAGAAAAAGAGAAAAUUCUGGACCAAGAAGCCAUUACAGCCACAAAACACUGAUAUCCUUGGGCAGCCAAAAAGAAAUCCCAAAAUAAUGAAACCACUGAUUGCCGAUCCAGAUACGACUUCACUAGAGUCAUAUGCCUCUGAUUCUGAUAAUUUCCCCAUAUAUGAUUCCAACAAAUCUUCAAUGAAAGAAAUUGAUUGCAAUGUCCAGGUAACACCACUCGGGUCAAGCAAUGAAAACAUUAGACAUUUAGAAACUAAAUCAUCACCAUUGAAGUCUCAACCCGAAAACAAAGGACUUUUUCAAUCCCCAAAACGACCAACUGGAUUAUCCCAAAGGUCUGUUUUUGUUUCACCUCAAAGAGGUAACACCAACAAGAGUAUAGCAGAUAGAGAAAACACACCCACGCAUGCACACAAACAGUUUAUAUCACCCGCAACCCUACAAACUGAUACACCAGAGUCCAUAAAGAAAUUGACGCGUGACACCACCCAGAGCCCUAUUAAUAAUAAACCAAUCAGAGUAGAUUUAUCUCCUGUCGCCAAAAUACAUAGUAAAUUCCAUGAUACAUCUAUGAGGAGCCCACCAAAUCAACGACGCAUGUCACCAUUGAUCCGAACUCCUGAGAAGCAAGUUCCCUACUCAGAGGAAGGACUCCACAUAGCAUUGAAGAACCACUCAAAGGCAUUAAAAGAGACAGCUAUGGAGCUGGAUACACCGAUGCGGGAGCACCAGUCAUCAAUGAGGAACUCAUCUGAGUUGUCAUCAUCGAACAUGGACACCCCAAUGAGAGAAUCAUUAACUAAAAGACAGAUCAGCAGCACAAUGAACACAUCUAUACAGCACAAACUACACAUCAGUCCUAACUCAUUCUUAGAAGACUCACUGAACCAAUCAGUGCAAACCAUCAACCGUCAACUCCUCGAUGAUAGUCUUCUCAAUCAAUCAGAACUCACGAGAAACCAUCAAAAUUUUGACGAUAGUGUUCUCAGUCCUGAUUCCCUUCUACACAAUAAUUCUGAUGAGCCCUCAGACACCUUGAGUCCAGGGUCUCUCCUCGACAGCUCCAUUCCACAUGAUGUCAUGGUGAAACAGUUAGAGAAUGUAAAGAAAGCCUUAAACGCUAGUCUCAAUGGUGCAUCCCCUGCACCAAAAUUUGGGUCACCUCGCCGAAAUAUUGCAACACCAAAUGGUCUUGGAGGUAGAAAUAGCUUGAGGCCAGGGUCUAAUACACCAUCCAGUGGUCGAAGGUUAAGAACCAAGACUGUUACUAAGGAAAAACAUACAGUAAAGCCAGAUAAUAUUGCAAUACCUGUUGUGAAAGACACACAAUUCCAAGCUAAACCAAGUAAUCCAAUUCCAUUUAUUAAAGAUGACAAAUUCCAGCCUAUCCCCGAUCAUCCCAGUCCCAGACGCACUACUGUGACUGUCUGUAAGGGAAAGCCUUCCACUGAUAAUCCAACUAGAGAGAGCUUUAUUUUACACCCUCAUGUACCCAACCAGGCACCAGUGGUUGGUGCACGUCAUCAACUGUUCCAAUCUAUACCAGCUAAUCCAAGCCCCAGGCGUGAAACAGUCAUCCUAGAUAAAGUGAAACCAAUGUCUCCAUUGAAGAAUCAACCACAUCAGAAGCAAACUGAGAGGUUCCAUUCUCCAAAAGAUGCUCUUAAAAAUAAGCAUCUGUUUCAAGAGAUCCCACCUCAACCAAGCCCUCGACGUGAAACUGUGGUUCUAGACAAGGCUAAACCUAUAUCUCCACUCCCUGCAGCAGAGCAAAGAUUACAGAGAGAUGCCCUCAACUCCCUAUUUAAUGCAAAGAAAAAUCUCUUCCAAGAGAUUGAACAGCCCAGUCCAAGGAGAGAGACAGUGGUUAUAUCCAAAGCUAAACCAACAUCUCCCUUGGUGAGUCCUCAAAAGGCUAUCUUCAACCCAGUGAAAGACAACAAGAUGUUCCAGGAUAUUCCUGCCCAUCCAAGUCCACGAAGAGAAACAGUUGUUAUCAACAAGGGAAAGUCUAUUGGUGCAAUUGCCAGUUUAAUGCUCCCUCUCAGCCCUGCAUCCCCUAAAAAGUUCCCACCACAUAGAUCAAGAUCGGGUUCACCAUGUACUCCUCUAGAACAGGUCAAUGAAGAUGAAGAGUCUGAGCCUGCAGAAGACAGAAAGAAAGAUGCAGUUGACUCUCCAGUUAUUAGAGGUGUAUCUGAACUGGUAGCUACACCUGCGAGUCUAUGUGGAACACCUUCGAACUACACACCAAAUAAGAAAUACUUCCCACCUCUCCAGGAUAUUGACUUUGAGUUCACUCCACUAAAAGUGCAACAUAAAGAUACUGACCAUAUUAAAACUGAGAUCGACUUUGCAUUCACUCCACAAAAAGAACAACUUCAGAAAACUGACCAUGUUAAAACUGAGAUUGAUUUUGAGUUCACUCCACAAAAAACGCAACCUAAAAUUACUGAAAAUGUCCAAUCGAGGGUUGACUUUGAAUUCACACCAAUGAAACCACAAGCAAAAAGGAAUGAAAAUAUUGAAAUGAAUAAUGACUUUGAAUUCACUCCUGAGAAAAUUGAUGAGAAGCAUAUGACACCUGAGCAAGAGUUUGAAUUUACUCCAGAGAAAUCUCCAACUAAAGUGGAUCUGAUUAAUGAAGUUGCUAAUGAAGAACCCGAAAGCCAACAAGUAGAUGUAAACACACUUGAGAAAAUGCAUACACUAUCAAAACAACCAUCAACCAGCAAACAACUCUCAUCACCAGAGAGACAGCUUGACAACAACUUCCAUGGUAUUGGAUUAACCCCCACAAAAUACACACCAUCAAAAGCUCUCGACUUUGAUGAAUUUGAUGCUGAUGAAGAUAAGGAAAACAUCAAACCUGCAACUCCAAUCAAGAUUGAGCAAUCACCUUAUGAGAAACAGGGAGAUAGCGAAAAUGAGGACAGUAAUGAUAAUGAGGACGACGAGUCCCUUGGGGAAGAUGUUAAACCAGAACCUGAGUUGAAUUCCUCUACUUUGUCCACACUGUCCACUGCAGAUACCACAUACUAUAGUUGCACUGAUGGCUUAGAGAGAUCCCUCCUUAGUGAUGUAUCUAGUAUCAAUGAUAAUGACUCCAUCAAGAGUGAUGACUCAGAAGCACAUAACGAAAUUGAUGAGAUGGUAGAAGCUCUUGAAGUAGCUAACCUCAACAAUAUGUCAGUGUUAGGGAAUCAAUUGCAAAAUGAAGCUGUAGACAUCAAAGAUGUGUAUCAGUCUCCGAUAAAGUCAGAAACCACUGAUUUCGAGUAUGAAAACAACUGCACCCCAAUAGCAAGAGAUCAUGAAGAUCCAGACACUCCAAAGGCAAGCCCAGUUGCUAGUGAACAUAACACCAGUUUGGAAGCAACCAAUGAGCUGAACAAGGAUGCUAUAGAGAUAGGACCAACUGAUGUAAAACCAGACAUUACUAAGCAAGCCACUCCUGAUAAAGUUCUCAACAAUGAAGCUUGGACCAUAAGUCCUGAACUGAAUACAGUUAAGAAGAAACCGAGGGAGAUUGCGACUGAGACAGUCACAAAGUCUUCAAGGUUUAGAAGUAGACCACCCAGCAAUAGUAUUACCACAGAACCUCGUGCCAUUUUCUCCGCUAAAAGAACCCAUAGCCAAAGUAGGAGCGAGAGUGAGACGAGACGUGUCCAGAAGCCACUAAAGAAGCUGAAGUCCCCAGAGGCUAAGAUGGCUGUAAAAUCUAAAAACUCAGGCACCCCAGAUAGACCUAUGACACGCACUAUGCAGCUGAGAAGGAAUGCUGCCAUUAAAACAAGGACAGGUCGUAGUCCACCUAAGGCACGUAAAAGUAUUGGCAGCAAACCUUCAGUGAAGGGCCUUGCUAAAUCUAGACUGGUACUGACUAAGAAGGCUAAAACAGCCCUUCCUAAACAUCCUAUGCCAUUCGCUAGCAAGAACAUGUACUAUGAUGAGAGGUGGAUAGAGAAACAAGAGCGAGGGUUUAUACGCUGGAUCAACUUCAUUCUUACUCCACCAGAUGACACUGUUGAUGCUAACAAACCAACCAAUAUUGAUGCUGGCCGCUUGUGCGUUGACAUUCUUUCCGGAAACCCUGAGUUCAAGCUUGCUCCAACCAAAGAAGACCUCUCCCUGCGUGCAUACACUGCAAGGAGAAAAUUAAACAGACUGAGGAAGGGCGCAAUCAAACUGUUUCAGUCAAGCAAUAUCGUGAAAGUUGUCCACAAAGUUGAGAUUGAAAUUGAGACUAAGAGACUCCUGGUGAGGAAAGACAGGAAAAUACAUGCAGAUGUGGGUAUAAAGCAGACCAUACUUGAACUGCUGCUCAGUUACAGCCCAUUAUGGCUCAGGAUUGGUCUAGAGACAAUCUAUGGCGAGAUGCUGCCUGUACAGAACAACAGUGAUGUCAUAGGUAUCUCACGAUUUAUCGUGACUCGCCUCUUGAGUAAUCCAGAUAUUGCCGCCCAGUACUCUCAUCCUACAGUGCCGAACUUGUAUAAAGAUGGGUAUGAUGAGAGCCUGGCCCAGUUUAUCCUGAAGAAGUUCAUUUUGCUGGUGUUCUUCUUGGAUAAAGCCAAGUCUUCACGCCUCAUCGAUCAUGACCCCUGUCUCUUUUGUAAAGAUGCAGAUCUAAAAGCAAGCAAAGAUUUGUUGAUUCACUUCUCGAGGGAUUAUUUGAGCGGGGAAGGGGACAUUACUAAACAUUUAAGCUACCUUGGCCUAACAGUCAGCCACGUUCAGACCCCUCUAGCAGAGUUUGACUAUGCUGUCACCAAGCUAGCUGUGGACCUUAAAGAUGGAAUUCGCCUGACUCGUAUGAUUGAGCUGUUGACUCAUAAUUGGGAACUGACAAAGAAGAUGCGCUGUCCAGCCAUAAGUCGACUCCAGAAGAUCCACAACAUGGAGGUUGUCUUUAAAGCAUUGAGAGAGAACAACCUGGAUCCUGAAACAGCUGAAGGUGGCAAUGUUAAGCUGAGAGACGUGGUGGAUGGUCACUGUGAGAAAACACUUGCUCUGCUCUGGAGAAUCAUCUUCCGCUUCCAGGUAUCUAUGGUACUCAACAUGACACAGUUGAAAGAUGAGAUAGACUUCCUCUCUAAAGACUUGAAAGUGAAGUCAGCCCUUGUGAAAAUUAGCAAACUAGAACAGGUACAUGAAGAGGAAGAUACUGGUCCAGAGAGUGACAUGAUGCUGCACAAUAAAGACCUGGAGAUGCUGAUGAAAUGGUGCCAGUGUGUAUGUGCAUACUAUGAUAUAAAGAUUGACAACUUCAGUGUAUCCUUCAGUGAUGGUAGAGCUCUGUGUUAUCUAGUACACCACUACCACCCUAGCCUCUUAGAGUCCCAAUACAUACAGCACAACACCACUCAGUCCCUCAAUGAUGAGAAUGAUGUUGCUAACUCUAGCAUGGACAGCAAUGAUAGCUUCUCCAACUGGACCAGGUGCCUCAGCCCAAGUAAGGGAGGCCCAGAAAUGUAUGAGAAACUCUUGGCCAACGAGAAGUCAAACUUCAGGCUGCUCAAUGAAAAGGUGUCAGAGCUAGGUAGUGUUCCUAUGAUGAUCAAGUCAAGUGAGAUGUCCAAUACAUUCCCUGAUGAGAAGAUAGUGAUCACAUACAUUACAUACCUGUGUGCUAGGCUGUUAGAUAUACGUCAAGAGACAAGGGCAGCCAGGGUCAUACAGAAUGCCUGGAGGAGACACCAGCUUAAUAAACAACUAGAGGCUUAUAAGGCCAAAACAGAUGCUGUGGUGACCAUUCAGAGAGCUGUUCGAGUUUUCUUGGACAGGUGUCGUAACCAGCGCCAUUUAAUCGCGAUAGUCACUCUGCAGAAAU